AUGCCUUACAGCUGCUCCCUGCCCAGCCUGAGCUGCAGCUCCAGUUGCUUCUCCCGGCCCUGUGUGCCCCCCAGCUGCCACGGCUCCACCCUGCCCGGGUCCUGCAACAUCCCCGUCAACGUGGGCAACAGCGGCUGCUUCUGUGAGGGCUCCUUCAACGGCAACGGGAAGGAGACCAUGCAGUUCCUGAACGGCCGGCUGGCCAGCUACCUGGAGAAGGUGCACCAGCUGGAGCGGGACAGCGCGGAGCUGGAGAGCCGCAUCCGGGAGCAGAGCCAGCAACAAGAUCCCCUUGUGUGCCCCGACUACCAGUCCCACUUCCGGACCAUCGAGGAGCUCCAGCAGAAGAUCCUUUGCACCAAGGCAGAGAACACUAGGCUGGUAGUGCAGAUUGACAAUGCCAAGCUGGCCGCAGAUGGCUUCAGGACUAAGUAUGAGAUGGAGCUGGGCUUGCGGCAGCUGGUGGAGUCGGACAUGAAUGACCUGCGUAGGAUCCUGGAUGAGCUGACCCUGUGCAAGUCCGACCUGGAGGUCCAGGUGGAGUCCUUGAAGGAGGAGCUGCUCUGCCUCAAGAGCAACCACGAGGAGGAAGCCAACUCCCUGCGGAGACAGCUUGGAGACCGCCUUAAUGUGGAGGUGGAUGCCGUCCCCACCGUGGACCUGAACAAUGUGCUCAACGAGACCAGGUCUCACUACGAGGCCCUGGUGGAGAGCAACCGCAGGGACGUGCAGGAAUGGUUCACCAGGCAGACCGAGGAGCUGAACGGGCAGGUGGUGUCCAGCUUGGAGCAGCUGCAGUCCUACCAGGCGGAGAUCACUGAGCAGAGACGCACGGUCCAUGCUCUGGAGGUGGAGCUGCAGACCCAGCACAACCUGAGAGACUCUCUGGAGAACACCCUGACGGAGGUGGAGGCCCGCUACAGCGCCCAGCUGGCCCAGGUCCAGUGCCUGAUCAGCAACGUGGAGUCCCAGCUGGCGGAGAUCAGGAGGGACCUGGAGCGGCAGAACCAGGAGUACCGGGUGCUGCUGGAUGUCCGGGCCCGGCUGGAGUGUGAGAUCAACACGUACCGGGAGCUGCUGGAGAGCGAGGACUGCAAGCUGCCCUGCAACCCCUGCGCCACGACCAAUGCAUGUGGUAAGACCAUCAUGCCCUGUGACUCCAGUGCCUGCACCCCCUGCGCUCCUGCUGCCCGCUUCUCGCCCUGUGUCCCCCGCCCCCACUGCGGGCCCUGCAACUCCUAUACAUCCGGUCACCUCACUCCCUCCAUCACCAUGCCUUACAGCUGCUCCCUGCCCAGCCUGAGCUGCAGCUCCAGUUGCUUCUCCCGGCCCUGUGUGCCCCCCAGCUGCCACGGCUCCACUCUGCCCGGGUCCUGCAACAUCCCCGUCAACGUGGGCAACAGCGGCUGCUUCUGUGAGGGCUCCUUCAAUGGCAACGAGAAGGAGACCAUGCGGUUCCCGAACGACCGGCUGUCCAGCUACCUGGAGAAGGUGCGGCAGCCGAAGCGGGACAGCGCGGAGCUGGAGAGCCGCAUCCGGGAGCAGAGCCAGCAACAAGAUCCCCUUGUGUGCCCCGACUACCAGUCCCACUUCCGGACCAUCGAGGAGCUCCAGCAGAAGGAGCUUCGGUAUGAGACAGAGGUGUCCUUGAGGCAGCUGGUGGAGGCAGAUCUGAACAGUCUGAGCAGGAUCCUGGAUGAGCUGACCCUGUGCAAGUCUGACCUGGAGGCCCAGGUGGAGUCCCUGAAGGAGGAGCUGAUCUGCCUCAAUUUACAAAAGGGCAAACUGAGUUUUCUGGGCAUCUGGAGCAAGAAUACACACCGCCUGGCUCUUGCCUUUUUCCUACACAUUGUGGCGCAUAAGGCCAGCGAGGUGGCCAAUGGCACUCCAAAGAUCAAGGUCAUCAUACAGGAGAGCAUCAAUGGAAGAAUAAUUCUUUCUCAAGUGAAUGAGAUCUAAAAGUACGCGUGA